CAUUAAAUGUUUGAACUUUAUCUAUCCGCUCAAUGUUAGUUUUGUGAAGCAAGGUGGUGAAGUGUAGCAAUGCAAGUCUUCCCCAAUUCUUAUCUCUUCACUUUCCCUAAACCCUUAAACCUUAAACCCUCUCCUUUAUUUCACGGCCAUCCACCACCUCUACUCCACCGCAAACCACCCCUCACCACCGUUGCUAAAUCCUUCACCUCCGAUGAAUUCCCCGUCGACGAAACCUUCCUCCAAACCUUCGGCCCUAAAACCAAAGAAUCCGAAGACGAAGCACGACGACGCAACUGGAUCGAACGUGGCUGGGCUCCAUGGGAAGAGAUUCUCACUCCUGAAGCCAAAUUCGCGCGGACGAGUCUCAACGAAGGUGAAGAAGUUCCUCUCAGUUCACCGGAGUCGAUUGAAGCUUUUAGAAUGUUGAACCCUAGGUAUAGGAAGAAGAAGAUUGAGGAAAUGGGAGUGACAGAAGAGGAAUAUUUGGCGAAGCAAUUUGAGAUUAAGGAAGAUGUUCCGGAGGAGUUGGAGACUAAGUGGGCAGGACCGUUGGUGGUGAAGUUGGUGCCGCCGAGGGAUUGGCCGCCGAGAGGGUGGGAGGUGGAUCGUGAAGAGCUCGCGUUUAUUCGUGAAGCGCAUAAGAUGGAGGCAAAGAGGGUGAGGUUGGAGGAUAUUGAAAAUGGUGUUAGAACUGAAACUGAUGAUGUGUGUUUGGAUAGGUAUAAGGUGUUUUUGAAACAGUACAAUGAAUGGUUGGAAGCUAAUAAGGAUUUAUUGGAAGAGGAAUCCUAUAAGUUAGACCAAGAUUAUCACCCUGGUAGGAGGAAAAGAGGCAAGGAUUACAAGGAUGGCAUGUACGAGCUACCGUUCUAUUAUCCUGGCCAAAUUUGUGUGGGGAAGGUGACAACUUUGCAUCUCUAUCAAGGGGCAUUUGUUGACAUUGGCGGAGUAUACGAUGGGUGGGUUCCUAUAAAGAACAAUGAUUGGUUUUGGAUUCGCCAUCACAUAAAAGUGGGUAUGACAGUCAUUGUUGAAAUUACGGCAAAGCGAGAUCCUUAUCGCUUCCGGUUCCCGAUCGAACUUCGUUUUGUGGAUCCAAAUAUAGAUCAUCUGAUCUUUAACAGAUUUGACUUCCCACCAAUAUUUCACCGUGACGAAGAUACUAAUCCAGAUGAAUUGCGGCGUGACUGUGGAAGGCCUCCUAUUCCUAGAAAAGAUCCAGGAGACAAGCCAGAGGAAGAACCUCUAUUUUCUAAUCACCCAUAUGUUGAAAAGUUGUGGCAGAUUAAUGUAGCUGAGCAAAUGAUUUUGAAUGAUAUGGAUAUUAAUCCUGAUAAAUAUAAAGGCAAAAAGCUAUCAGACUUGGUUGACGAAGAUGAUUUUGAUGAAGAAAAAUCAGUACAGCAGACAAAAGUUCCUUAUAAAAAUGCAUUAGUGCCAAAAAUAACUAUGAAAACAAGUGUUAAAGAGCUGGACUUAGAGGCUGCACUUGCUGAGCGUGAGCUCCAUAAGAAACUAUGGAAGGAAGCAAAGGAUAGAGGUGAGGACUACAAAAUCGCUACAUUGAAGCGCAAUAUUGAGAUGGAUGAAUAUGAUUUCAUGCAUUGGCGUAGAUCAUUUGAAGAAAGAGAAGCAUUGAUUAGAGACAUCAGCUGUCGUAAAACUCUUGGUCUGCCAUUGGAAGAGCCAGGAAGGUAUGUUGAUGCUAGUUUUUUCGGUAAAGACCAGUAUGAUCCUGAAAGUCCUCUGUAUCGUUAUGACUAUUGGGGGGAACCCAAGAAUUCAGAAAAGAGCAGGAAAGAGAGGAUGACAGAUACCCAUAACAAAUCAAUUGUGGGCAAGGGUACUGUUUGGUGUGAAAUGCCGUACGAAGAUAGCGUAAAACAUCAGCCAAAAGAAGUUGACGAGUAUUCAAAGCAAGGUGAAGCUGCCGAAGAAGAAGAGGAGGAUGAUGAUGACGACGAUGACUUUGACUUCAGCAUUCUGAGCAGUCUUGGUACUAAUGCCUCGGAUCAAAUUCAUGUUAACGGGACUGAGACUUCUAGAUUGUCAGAUGAAGGUGUGUUUGAGGACUGAUGCUAUUAAGCAUUAUUGAGUAAAAUGUGUACAGUUAGGAUGAGAAAUGUGCAUAAAUUUUGCAGUGUAGAAACACUAUGGUAAUUUAGUUUAUUUGUGUUGUUUAUGAAAUAAUUUCAUAUUAU